CUCAUCCCGCUGCUUGCGUACGUGCGUUACUUAUAUUAUUGUUAUCACACGUUAUCAUAUUUUAUCACAUGUUAACGUAUAUUAUCACUGAUAUCAUAUAAUUUUCCGUUGUCGUGAAAAAAACUGCAAAAUAACCGCCCGGGAUUCGAACCCGGACCCACCAGCUCCAACGUGAAUUAAUUACCAAUAGGCCACCCCGACCACUUGAGUACUAGAUGUUAUUUUUACCCAUUUAACUUUAUAAAUAAAUAUAAAAAUAUUUAAACCGCAGUAUACUGGUCAUAUUAUAAUAUCAUUAGGAUACUUAUAACUUGCAGCUGCGUACACAAAUAAUAUCGAUGAAUACACCAUAUAGGAGACAUUAAGUAGGCAUUAGUGAAUAACCGUUAUUAAGUCUAAUAAUUGUCGCAGGUAUUGACACGUCAAUCAAAUAAAUACAACAAUAUAUUGCCAUUAGAUAAAAUGCCAUUAGGAUUAUUCGAUAUGUUAAUUUCGAAAUUCGCACGACUCGUGUCGCCAGGAUGUGAUAUACUUAUUGAUAUUAAAAUAAACAUUUAUUACACUAAAGGUUUUAUUUAAUGAAUGUUAAGAUAUUAAUAUAUAUUAUUCACCGGCUCCGUUCUUAAUAGCCGCCUCUCACCAUCAUCCCCUCCAGCUCUUCUAGGAUUCACGGGUCAAACCUUAUUCAAUUAAAUAUACUGCAAAACCAUUUAUAUUGAUUGACAAUAAGAGACAUUAAGUAGGUAUAUUUUGGCGCUGUCUCGAUAUUAGGAAUAGAUCAAUUAAGAGACAAUAGGUAUCCUGGUUCAAUUAAAUGCCCAUUUUAACGAUAGUAAAAUUGCCUUUAGAAUAUUCUUUAGUCACCAGGAUGUCGCAUACAUACUUUUAAUAGCCACAAUGGCAUUUAUAUUGAUUGACAAUAAGAGACAUUAAGUAGUUAUUAGUGAAAAAACACAUUAAAACCGAUAUUAGUACCUUCUGCCGGACGUAUACAAUUAAAUAUCAAUUUUUCAGUAUUAUCUGCCCCACUAAAAUCGCUCUUACCUAUUAGUGAUCCUUGACUGAAAGAGCCGAUAGUCUUUUAGUCCGUCUACUACGUUACACCGUUGUGCACGUAUACGCUCCGUCUUUAAAAUUUUUAGUGAGUUACAAAGUGUUUAAUAUCUUUUAAAUCAGUACGUUUUAAACCGGUGUACACGUAUACGCUCCGACUUAAAAAUUUUUUUUUUAAGUAUUUAUUUUCUUUAAAAAUUAUUUGCUUUUAACCAUGGCUGGUUCAAUUGGAAACAUGGCUGCAUUAUACAAGAAAAAAUUUAUAUACGUUCCGCCUACGCCACCGUCCGAACUCAUUGAAUCUGCAAAUUUCACGAUCAAUUUUACUGAACGUAAGUUUUUACAUGUCGGUCUGAAUCCUACAGAGAAAUUCGAUGUGUCCAUACUAAUAAUUACACCUUCGCGUUUCGUUAAAAUAUCUGUGGACCUCUUAAGACGUAUUUUUUCCCUGAUGGGGAAUAUAUUGUCGUUUAUUUUGGAUCAACCGCAAAAAUACAAGCGGAAUUUAUUUCUGGAAACAGAAAUUAUUUCGAUGUCUAGUAUGGUGUAUCAAGGGGAAAAUAUGCUUGUCAUCGAAUCAAAAACACAAGCCGGAUGUCGAGUAUUGCUAAGUCGCACAGAUUUAAUGAAAUUGCAAUAUUUAGAAUGGUCGAUUAACGAAACAGUCGUUCGAAAGUCAACCAUUAUACGACCACUUGUCUUAAAACAGUUUGAGACUAUGGGUAAUUAUUUGGACCAGGAAUUUACCAAAGUUGAUUCACCACCAAAGACACCCGAAGAAAUGAUCGUUUUUAUCAACAAUUUAAGUGAUGAUAAAAUUAUUGGAUCCACUCCUAAAGAAGACAUGAAUUUCAUCAGUCAACUGAAAAUGUAUGCUUCAUCUCAAUUAGCUGAACAAUGGGCGCAACGAUGGAAUGGAGAAAUGUCACCAGAGUUAUUCACCGAAUCUGAAAUGAGGCUCAUUUCACCCCCGAGAUAAGGGUAAUUUAUAAUUUAUAAAUUAAAAAAAAAAAAAAUGAUACAAUUAAUAAUUAUAAUAAUUAUUUAGGUAGCUGACGAGGAACGUGGUAUCGAUGAAUUUUUAACACAGGCGACAUGGGCACCAGCUCGGAAAACAAAACUAUUGCUAAAUUUCACAUUUAAUUUUUAAGAUGAAUAUAUAUUAACAAAUAAUUAUUUGUUUAGCCUAUUGAUGAUCCUGGCAGUCUACCCGCAUCGUUUGAUUCAGACAAUUUUGCACAGCCCCCUCCGUGGUAUACAGCGCCUCAAUAUAUUGAAUCUUCACCACCAAGUCCUGCAGUUGAUGAGAAUGACGGUCCAACGUCUUUCAACCUCUCACCAUCAUCCCCUCCAGCUCUUCUAGGAUUCACGGGUCAAAAGUUGGCAAAAAAAAAACCAUCUAUGCGGAGCGUAAAACGCAAACUAUUUUAAUAUUUGUACUAAAUUGAUGUGAAAAUAAAAAUCAAGCGUGAUACUUAAAACAAGUUUUUUCAUUUAUUAGAAUAUAAGGCACAAAAUAGUUAUAAGGUAUAAAAUAUUUACAAGGUAUAAAAUAGUUAUAAAAUAUUUACAAGGUUUACAAUUUUCUAACAUCGCCACUAAACGGGUUGUAAGUUAUAAUCUGGUCAUGUAGUAUUAAACAAUAUGCUGCAGUUUUUUCUGGUAUAACUGUAUCCGUUUCAAAUUCAAUACGUAGAUCUAUGGUCGACGACUUCACAUUAUCGUUUUGACGUGAUAAAUCAACUACGACGAUUGGAACGUAGUUUUGAAAAAUGUGUUUUGAUAAUAAUGGCUCGCAAUAAUCUCGCUCAUAAUACGAUUUUUGAAAGUCUG